UCGUCUCUGCACGCCUCCUACCGUGGUCCGAUUAUACAUCUCUUCGGGCAUCGGCCAUCGGCCAUCGCCGCCGUGCUGGGCCGCCCACGCACCGCCGCCGCAGCGAGGACGCCGUACAGUUCCGCACGCGUCGCCCAUCGCAACGGUACGUCAGCGCUCCCGUCGCUACCCCACUCCCUAAAGACCAUGUGGCGCCGUGCCAAAGCCGGGCCGCUCCGCCACCACCUCACCACCGCUGCCUCCGCUGGCCGUCGCGUGCGGCGACCCCCGCCACCUCCUAUCCCCACGGCCCCAUCCUUCCCCGCCUCUUGCUCUUCCCCGUCCCGCCACAAUCUUGGAAUCUUCCGGGGUACCGUCGGGGCUCCGUGUCGCAACCUGUCGAACCAGGCAGGAGGUGGAGGAGAAGAAGGCGGCGAGUGCUGGAGCUGCGGAGCAAGGGGCGCGUUCCUCUCGUGCGGGUCCUGCGGGAGCGUGCAGCCCGUCGACCCCGCCAUCGACUACUUCCAAAUCUUUGGCCUAAAAAGAGAAUACAACGUCAAGGAUAAUAAUUUAGGAGGGAAGUACAAGGACUGGCAGAAGAAGUUACAUCCCGACCUAGUUCAUACUAAAUCUGAGAAAGAGAGAGGCUUUGCUGCGGAGCAGUCAUCACUUGUGAUUGGUGCAUACCGCACGCUCAGCAGACCUUUAUCAAGGGCAUUAUACUUGCUUCAACUCGGGGGCAUACAUGUUGAUGAAGAAAAGACUAUUAGUGAUCCAGAACUUCUUAUGGAGAUGAUGGAGAUACGUGAAGCUGUUAGUGAUGCCAGUGAUUCUGAAACCCUGGAGAAGAUCCAAUCUCAGAUUAAGAGAAUGCUUGAAACCUGGUCUGAUUCCUUCCAGGAGGCAUUUGAUAAGAGGGACUUUGACCGUGCAGUGGAAGCUACACAGAGAAUAAGGUACUAUGAACGCGCAAUGGAAGAAACUGUGAAGAAGCUUUGAUAUUGAGUUGCACGAUGGCCAAAGGUGGAGAGGCUUGAAAAGUGCUUGCGCAUUCUUGACAGCUCACAUGUCGUUCACUCUGCUCUUUUCUACACCCGAUAUGGUUAGUGAGGACCACAGAAGAGCAUGUAUUGUGAAACUGUUUUCAUGGGAAGACUGGGACAGAGGGUCUGCUCACUCGCACAAGAUGCACCAACGGCUGUCCACAAAGCUAAAAUAGUAGAUAGACUUAUUUUUUUAUCUUUCUUGGCAACAAUUAUAGAGUUAGUGGUAAUAUUGAAAAGGAAAUAGAGCUGUUCAAAUUCCUAAGUGGAAAAUGCAUUGGAUACUAUGUUACUUUUGUUUGUCGAGAUAAUUGAUAAAUGUUUACUCCCUGUGGUCACAAAUGCUUGACGUUUAUGACAA